GGAAAUGGUUAACCGCUUGAACUCGCCGCUUCCAGUAGGCAAUGUUACACGUGACUGGGAGGGAGCCUUAAAAGUGCUGACACCGCGGUGCCGAAAACUCAGCCUGGGUUUCCAGAAACUUUUAGGGUUGAGGUGAGGGAGAAAGCGGCCGCCAUGCAGAAGAUUUUGAUCAGAGGUGGGCGAGUGGUCAACGAUGACUUCUCGCAAGUGGCCGAUGUGUACGUAGAGGAUGGGGUCGUGCAAGCGGUGGGGCCGCAUCUCCAGCCCUCAUCCCUCGCCGCGGUCCAGGUGAUCGACGCCUCCAACCUGUUGGUUCUGCCCGGAGGGAUUGAUACUCACACACACAUGCAGUUCCCUUUCAUGGGGACGCAGUCCAAAGAUGACUUCUAUCAAGGCACUAAGGCUGCCAUAGCAGGAGGCACUACAAUGAUAAUUGACUUUGCAAUCCCUCAGAAAGGAUGUUCUCUUCUUGAAGCCUAUGAGACAUGGAGAAGCUGGGCAGAUCCCAAAGUCUGCUGUGAUUAUGCUUUGCAUGUGGCAGUCACAUGGUGGAGUGACAAGGUCAAAGAAGACAUGAAAAUCCUUGCUCAGGAAAAAGGGGUCAAUUCCUUUAAGAUGUUUAUGGCAUAUAAAGAUGUCUAUAUGGUUGGAGAUCUUGAAUUACACUCAGCAUUUUCUCAAUGCAAACACAUUGGUGCAAUUGCUCAAGUCCAUGCAGAGAAUGGAGAUUUGAUUGCAGAGGGUGCAAAGAAGAUGUUAGCCAUGGGAAUAACUGGUCCAGAGGGACAUGAAUUAUCUCGCCCUGAAGAAGUGGAAGCGGAAGCUACCCUGAGAGCCAUCACCAUAGCAAACUCAGUGAACUGCCCACUUUAUGUAGUUCAUGUGAUGAGCAAGUCUGCAGCCAAGGUGAUAGCGGAUGCACGGAGAGAAGGGAAAGUUGUAUAUGGGGAGCCUAUAGCUGCUGGUCUUGGCACAGAUGGGACUCACUACUGGCAUAAGGAAUGGCCGCAUGCUGCAGCACAUGUCAUGGGCCCUCCACUGAGGCCAGAUCGCACCACCCCAGACUACCUCAUGAGCCUUCUAGCCAAUGGUGAUUUGACUGUAACCGGGACGGAUAACUGUACCUUUGAUAUCUGCCAGAAGGCUUUGGGGAAGGAUGAUUUCACAAAGAUCCCAAAUGGGGUGAAUGGCGUGGAGGACAGGAUGUCAGUUAUAUGGGAAAAAGGAGUGCAUAGCGGCAAAAUGGAUGAAAACAGAUUUGUAGCCGUUACCAGCACAAACGCAGCUAAAAUCUUUAACCUGUACCCAAGGAAAGGAAGGAUAGCUGUGGGCUCUGAUGCUGACAUUGUCAUUUGGGACCCAAAAGCUAGAAGGACAAUCUCAGCAAAAACACAUCACCAUGCCAUUGACUUCAAUAUAUUUGAAGGUAUGGUCUGUCACGGCGUACCGAUUGUGACCAUUUCACGAGGCAAGGUGGUUUAUCAAAGUGGAGUCUUCCAUGUUGCAGCAGGAGAGGGGAGAUAUAUUCCACGUGCACCAUUCUCUGAAUAUGUCUACAAACGGAUCAGGCAGCGGGAUCAGGUCUGCCAGCCUGUUCCAGUCAAGCGAGCCCCAUAUGUGGGCAAAGUGAUUUCAACCACGACAGAACGAAAAUAAAGAUCACAAUACAGUUCAUCUGCAGGUCAAAACCAGACAAGAAUGAUUCUGUUGCCCUACUUAGAUCUGUUUUGGAGCCAUUGCAAUUUUGAUUUCAAUCCUUGAAGAUCCCUGAAUGAUUUACCACUAUUUACCAGCUAUAAUUAUCCUAAAGCAUGAAUGGCAUUUUGCUGUCUACCUUGGAAACUUGCAGAACAACUUCCUCUUUCACUGAAGAUAUUACGUGAAUAUUUUCUGAAGUCCACUGUGAUUUUACAUGACAACACAGAGAUUUCGCCACACUCUAGACCCUUCUCUGCAUUAGGUUGUAAUAUACACUUCAGGAUUGCAGUGUCAAAAGUGAAAUGAGUUAUUGGAUCAGCCUCUCAUCAGGAAACUACCAACCAUAUGGGCAGUAUCCUAUACAGGGGUGGCGCUGGAGGGGGGCAAGUGUCUCCCCAAACAAGGAGCUCAUCACCCCACUAACCACCACCUCCUUGCUGGACUCCUGUCAUUACCUUAAGGAAAGGCACUUUUCAAAUAUACAAGUGCAUUCAUAUAUUAUCAUCUCUGUAGCUAUUCUACCAUUCAGAUGCAGCUCUUGCGUCAAUAAAGGCUACAUAUUUUGCAGCUACUGACAUACACUUCAAGAUGCCAACAGACCAGUGGCAUUCCACUGUGGGGAAAGGAGAAACAUCUGACAUGCAGGACAGAGAAUUAACUUAAUUUAUUAUUUAUAUACGGGGUGCCUAAUAAUAAAAAGAAAAAAAUUCUAACCACAGAUUAAUAUUUUUGAAAAUUAAAAUUAAUUUCUUCUUCUGUGCUGUAGGCCUAAAGUAACCUUUCCCCCAUUUAUUUCACAAAUAAUAUGUUUAGGAUGGGAAUUUUAAUGUGAAAUAUACCAUUAUUUUUCUUUCAGAGAUCUGAACAUAUGGGACACAUCCCCUAAAAAUAUACUUUUCUCCUGUGCCCCUCAGCAUUUUUUUUAUGCCGCCACUGAUCCUAUACUGAUGCUGUACUCCCACUCAUUCUGUUGUGUCAGCAAGACCCACCGCUAUGGCAACAGAGAGUCAGUGCUUUGUAAA